AUGGCAACCGCUGAUCACCAGAUUGAGAGAGCUUACCAGAAGCAGCCGACUGUCUUCCUGAACAAGAAGUCCAUUCUACAGGGAAAGUCAAAGAAGAAUCUGAGAUAUGUGCGAAGUGUGGGACUUGGGUUCAAAACUCCAAGAGAGGCUAUUGAUGGAACUUACAUCGACAAGAAAUGCCCAUUCACAGGAAAUGUGAGCAUUCGUGGACGUAUUCUGUCUGGGAGAGUGCUGAAAAUGAAGAUGACAAGAACAAUUGUUAUUCGCCGGGAGUACCUUCAUUAUGUGAGGAAAUACUGCAGAUUUGAGAAAAGGCACAAGAAUCUCAGUGUUCAUCUCUCACCUUGCUUCAGAGAUGUUGAGAUUGGGGAUGUGGUCACAGUAGGAGAAUGCAGACCUCUGUCUAAGACUGUCAAGUACAAUGUGCUGAAAGCUACCAAGGCUUCAGGCUCCAAGAAAGGCUUCAGCAAAGUUUAA